AUGUUCCUCAUGUGGGGACUUUUGCAGGAGAAACUCACGAGCACGGUGUAUUCCACAGGCGAUGACCCGCUCGAUCCUUUUGCAGAAGAAGAGCGCUUUGAGUAUGGCGUGCUUUUAAAUGCGAUACAGGCUUCUUUUUCAUGUAUUGCCGCAUCUGCAUACUUACUUAUUCUCCGCCGCAACGCUACCGGAGGAUUAUUUACGCGGCUUGGCCUCGAUGUACUGACGCCGAACGGCUGUGCACAGGCAUUAACUGCGCGCGGUAAGCGCGCCCAAGGGACCCUGCGCGGCAUUUCCCGCUAUAUAUCGCCGCUCCUGCAGCGAUAUUUGCUCGUGUCUGCUAUGCAGUCAAUAGGCUCUUGGCUGAGCAUUCUGACGCUGCGCUACCUGUCUUUCCCUGCGAUCACUCUUGCCAAGUCGAGUAAACUGGUGCCUGUGCUUAUGAUGAACGUAUUGCUGUAUCGCCGCAAGUUUGCCAUGUACAAGUAUGUGGUCGUCUUUCUUGUCACCCUUGGCGUCUACUUGUUCAUGGCGCUCGGAAAGAAGCACAAAACGCACGCGCCCAAAAGCAAUAGCACCUUUGGCGUGGUGCUCCUUGCGAUUCAUCUUAUGCUGGACGGAACGACAAAUAGCACACAGGAUGACGUGUUUGCGACGUAUGGAACCGAGUAUGUGUCUGGCACACAAAUGAUGCUUGUGAUGAACGCCAUUUCGGCUUCGUACAUGUUCCUCAUCUUGCUGCUUCCGGAAGGGAUUCUUGCUUUCCUGGUCGCACAUACACGCCACGUUCUAGCCGGUAUGCUGAAACCUCACUGGAUAGCAAAUGUGUUGGUCGGCGGUGUUCAAACUGUGCCGCGCAUCUCCUGGACGCCCCAGCUUGUGGACGGUGUCCAAUUUUUGUGCCGCCACCACGACGCUGCACGCGACGCACUGCUGUACGGUCUUGCAGGAGCAGCGGGACAGCUUGCUAUUUUUGAAACGCUUGCACGCUUCGGCAGCCUAACGCUUGUGUCGAUCACGGUGACAAGGAAAUUGUUUACCAUGCUCCUGUCUAUUCUCGUGUACAAACACCAACUUCGCAGUGUGCAAUGGCUCGGUGUCGCUGUUGUAUUCACUGGGCUAUUUAUUGAGUUGCUCGCAAAACGGCGCCAAUCGUCCACCACUGCGCGUGCGAAAACUGCGUAA